CUGAUGGGUCCAGCUUAUCCCAAAACUAUGGAAAGAGAGUGGACCCUCUUAAAUCAUUUCAACGUCAGCAACGAACAACUGAGCCAGAGCCAAGCUAUCCUACAAGACUACAAGAACCUGAUGGGUUUGAACCAUGGCCAUUUGAAUCCCAGUGGACAUCACCCUGACUCCAGCAGCAGGACGGCUACCUUCACCCUCACCAACAUAGUGCCCCAGGAUGAGAAACUCAACGGAGGGGCCUGGAACAACUACGAGCAGCAAACGAUGAUCAGGAGGACCCAGGGAUGUAACACUACCUAUGUCGUUGUGGGUGCCGUGCCUGGGAACAACUACAUCGCCAAGGGGAGAGUUAAUAAACCAAGUUACCUCUGGUCGAGUGCCUGCUGCGAGGUGGACACCAACCAGAGGAAGGCUUGGGCGGUCAUUGCCGAGAAUGACAAGAAUGAGGUCCAGCUCCUCACGCUGGGGGAUCUGGAGGAUGUUUUGACCCAUCUCUAUGGGAGGGGCCAGGUUUCU